AUGCGCCACUUCACCGCCCCUGCCCGCAACGGCGACAGCGUCACCCACGCCUUCAUGCAAUUUGAGGUGUCGAUGAAUGCCGUGCAGCAGGCGAAGCGGCUUGCCGCAGCAGUAACAAGUCGAUUGCGCUCAGAUCCGGCGGUGGUGCCAGUCUUAUCGGGACGAAGCCAAGACGGCGUAUUGUGGUCCACGCCGCUUUCAUCUGCAGCGCGUGGAAUGGUUGGUAGAUGGAUUUGUGCGGCUUUAGUGCGGAACAAAAUGCACGCGGCAAGGCAAACACGUCCGCGGCAGGUUGCUGCGUGUAAUCUCGAAAGCUGUGAGUGCGGCGGAAGGAGCUUUAUGUGUGUGUGUGUGUGUGUGAAUGCAGGCGUGCAAUGUGCGCCUGUUUCAAAAUAA